AAAUACCUAGCACCAGCACUAGCAGGUAGCUUCAGUUUCCUUAUUUCAAGCCUCAAUCUCCGCCGAUCACCGGCAGCGGCGACGGUUAGAGUUGUAAGCGCGCAAGGCAUCUAACACACUGUGCCAAUAGCGUGAAUAAGAACAGCAAAAUCCAUGCCGACCUAUUCCUAUUUAUAUAAGACACCCUUCCUUACAUCUGUAUCUCAUUGUUCUCUGCUUCCUUUUUCAGCGGCACAAGCAAAAUGGGAAUGCAUGACAGAAGUAGAAUGAGGGAGGUGUGUGGAUAUUUGGCAAGUUUUUCGAGAAGAUGCAUAUUUCGUUCUCUAUCCAUGGGUCCCAUCCCCAGUCAUCUUGCGUUCAUAAUGGAUGGUAACCGCAGGUUUGCGAAGAAGGAAAACCUGGAAACAGGUGCUGGACAUAAAGCUGGAUUUACAGCUCUAAUGCUCAUGCUUAAGUACUGCUAUGAGCUGGGAGUGAAGUAUGUAACUGUGUACGCCUUUAGUAUUGAUAAUUUUAAGAGGCGACCUGAUGAGGUUCAGAUUAUAAUGGAUAUGAUGCUCGAGAAGAGCGAAGGAUUGCUCAGGGAAGAAAGUGUAGCCCAUCAAUAUGGCAUGAGAGUAUAUUUUAUCGGUAACUUGAAGCUUUUAGAUGAGCCUAAUAGGAUUGCAGCCAAAAAGGUUAUGAUGGCUACAGCGAAUUACACCAACUGUGUGCUUUUAGUCUGCGUAGCCUAUACAUCAUAUGAUGAGAUAACGCAUGCUGUCGAAGAAUCUUGUAAAAAUAAACUGCACAAAAUUGAGUCGGGCAAUGGUUUGAUCAAAGAAGUAGUUGGGCAGAAUGGGAAUGGAGUUAGAUUCGAAGAGGAUGAAGCUGAAGCAUUGUGUAGAAGUGACGAGAUAGAGUCAAAUUGUAAGAUACAACUACCAGACGUUGAGAAACACAUUUACAUGUCGGUUGUUCCAGACCCGGAUAUAUUGAUCCGUACAUCAGGGGAAACCCGUCUAAGUAAUUUCCUACUUUGGCAGGCUGGUAACUGCAAAUUGUAUUCUCCAGACGCACUUUGGCCGGAGAUUGGUCUAAAGCACUUAGUGUGGGCAGUACUGAACUUCCAGCGGAAUAACUCUUAUUUGGAGAAGAAGAAGAAGAAGCACUUGUAAUGUUGGAGAUGUCGAAUGAUAUCCAACAGCCGACAAAAACUCUUCAACAGUUCCAUUUCGUAGCUUUCUAUUUUAAUGGUUUAAUCUCUAAACCCAAGGGGCCAUUAGAAUUAUACUAUUCAAACUGCAAAAUAGAAAUAUGUAAAGUACAGGGAACUCCAUUACUGAGAGGGACAUAUUAAUUAAUAAAUGAUAAUCAUAAUAUCAUAAAUUAAUAUUACAGUAAAGCUCUUGUAUUUGAGUCUUCUUAAAAGUUAUCUACACCAAAUUAUGUAA